GCGCGGCCCUCGCGCCUAACGCCAGAGCCGUGGCGUCCGCGGUUCGCGACACAGUCUCUCUUGGGCCCGCCGGCCAGCCUGACAUGGCCUGCUACAUCUACCAGCUGCCCGCCUGGGUGCUGGACGACCUGUGUCGCAACAUGGACACGCUCAGCGACUGGGACUGGAUGCAGUUCGCCUCCAAAGUGAUCCCAGACCUGACCCAGCUGCGGAAGAUCAAGUCCAUGGAGCGGGUGCAGGGCGUGAGCAUCACCCGCGAGCUGCUCUGGUGGUGGGGCAUGCGGCAGGCCACUGUCCAGCAGCUGGUGGACCUCCUGUGUCGCCUGGAGCUCUACCGUGCUGCCCAGAUCGUCCUGAGCUGGAAACCAGUUCCUGAAACCAGACCUUCCUUCCCAGCCUCCCCAGAGGUGGUGAAGCCAGGACCUGUAGCAGCCUCUGGGAGAAACACCCAGGAUGAGCAGGAAAGGGGGCAGCCCUUGAGACCCACUGCCUUCCCAGGUCCAGGGUCUUCUCCAGCCAGAGACCAGCAGCAGGCCUCUCUCCUGCUUUCUUCUAAGGGGGUUGUGCUUCAUUCCUCAAGACCUCACCUCCCCACCUCAUUGGAUUCAAAGGACUUCAGUACCUCCGUUCCACAGCAGGAAAAGUGCUCGAACAUGACUGAAGAAAGCCUUUUCUGGAGUGAGGCAGAAGUGAUCCAGGCAACAGGUGACUUUGACCAAAGCCACAGAAUCAGCGAAGGCACCUUUGCUGAUGUCUACAGAGGGCAAAGGCACGGAAUGCCCUUAGCCUUCAAGAAGCUCAGAGAGACAGCCUGCUCAAGUCCAGGGUCAGUGGAGAGGUACUUCCAGGCAGAGGUGCAGCUUUGUCUUAGAUGUUGCCACCCCAACAUCUUACCUCUGCUGGGCUAUUGCUCCGGAAAACAGUUUCACAGCCUGAUCUACCCCUACAUGACAAAUGGUUCUCUACAGGACAGACUCCAGAGUCAGGGUGACUUGGAGCCCCUUCCUUGGCCCCAGCGUGUCAGCAUCUGCUCAGGGCUGCUCUGUGCUGUUGAGCACCUGCAUGGCCUGGAGAUCAUCCAUGGCAACAUCAAGAGCUCCAAUGUUUUGCUGGACCAAAAUUUCACCCCCAAGCUGGCUCAUCCAAUGGCUCACCUGUGUCCUGUCAACCAAAGGUCAAAAUACACCAUGAUGAAGACCCACCUUUUCCAGGCCUCCGCGGCGUACCUGCCAGAAGAUUUCAUCAGGGUGGGGCAGCUGACAAAGCGAGUGGACAUCUUCAGCUGUGGAAUAGUGCUGGCAGAGAUCCUCACUGGCAUCCCUGCAGUGGAUAAUGACCGCAGCCCAGUUUAUCUGAAGGAUCUACUCCUCAGUGAGAUUCCCAGCAGCACCUCCUCACUCUGCUCCAGGAAGACGGGUGUGGAGAAGGCAGUGGCAAAGGAGAUCUGCCAGAAGUACCUGGAAAAAAGAGCAGGGGCGCUGCCAGAGCACUGUGCUGAGGCCUUGGGCACAGCCAUCUGCCUCUGCCUGCGGAGGCGCAAUGCCAGCCUGGAGGAGGCCCGUGGUUCUGUUGCUCUGGUGGAAGAGUGGUUCCGAAGUCAGGAGACCUCGCUGCCUUGGAGCGGGUUCUCUGAGGGCACAGGAGCUUCCUCCAACACUCCGGAGGAAACAGAUGAUGUGGACGAUGGUAGCCUUGAUGCCCCCUCCUCUGUGAGGACCUCACCUGUCCCUGCAGAGAACGGAGAAGGAAGGCUACAGGACACCAGAGGAGUGGAGGCAGACUCCUCUGAGGCCUGCACUGGCCCACGGGCUCCCGAGGAUGCUACAGAGACUUCAUGGGAAGUUGAGAUAAAUGAGGCCAAACGGAAAUUGAUGGAGAACAUCCUGCUCUACAAUGAGGAACAACUAGACAGUGCUGAGCUCUUUGGACCUUGAUGACUGGAACAUAGCUGAGGAACCUUGUCCUCAAUUGGAAAGACAAAGUGUCCAAUCAAGGAAAAGGUCUGAGGCAGACUCCAAGUUCUGCCAAGAAACCAACAUUAGCUUUCCAUAUGGAAGGGAAAGAAACUUCCAUUUUAUCAGAGUGAGUUAGGGGACAAGGGACCUCAGCUUUUACAGACCCCAAAAUCUACAAAAUGUUCUUCCUGUCUGGGAUUUGUUAGUCAGAGCCGGGUAUCAGAAGAGACUGAAGCAGAAGCCUGGUAAAUGGACCCAGGAUGUGGGUGAUUUUGUGGUUCUGGGGAGUCCAUGACGAUAUCCAUACCAGUAAAAGCUGUCACUCCAGCAGCUGUCAGCCCUUGACAACUGAUGGAGCAAUUCUACAAUGUUGAUAGGGAUUUCCAGAGUUAAGACCCGUGAGUCACAUUUGCCAACAACCACCUUUGAACUUCCAUACCCUGAAAGGUAUUCAACUUGUGUCACAGUGAAGUUCUUGACUUACUCUCAAUGUCUCAGAUGUUACAAUGCCAGGCACUUGGCAAAGGACUUUCUGGGCUUACUACUUCCUCUUGGUGAUCUUGUAAUUCACAGAUAUUUAUUAAGUGCCUGCUGAGCAUCUGUAUCCUCCCACCCAACUAAUGUUUGUAUUUUUUUUUUUCAUUUUUUUAAUUUAAUGUUUGUAUUUUUAAUGGAGCUUUUAUUCUUUGUGUUAUUUAUGGCUGGAUGAAGAAUAAGGAGAAAUAAUCUCAUGUCUGAUUCAGCUGCUAUGGAAGUCAUUUAAUUUCUGGGACCUCAAUUUCUUUGUAAGUAAGAGCACCUGCUCAUUCUCCCUGCCUCAUUUGUAGGGAGAAACAUGUGCAAUGUCUGUUCAAAAACAAUACUUGUCCUAUUUUAUAAAAUAAAUAAAGUAUUAAGUGUGUAUUUCUGCCACAUUUCCAAUGUUUAUGCACUGGGUAUGUUUUUGAAAAAUCAUGUUGAAAAUAUGUGUAGGAAACAAAUGCUAUUUUUAAUGCACUAGGAGAAAUGUCAUAUUUAAAAUAAUUCUAUUUUUUGUGAAAUAAAAAAAAAAUAUUUGUCAAUCCAA